AGGUGCAGGCUCCCGGGGUUGGACGUCGAGGCCGCCGUCUGGCAGUGGGCCGCUGCCGCGGCCGCCGCGGGAGCGCUGUGGCUCAACGUGCUCCGGCCCUACCUCUUCGCCUGGCUGCUCGUGGGCGGGCUGCUGGGCGGGGCGGCGCUGCUGCACCUGCGGAUGAGGCCGGCGGGCGAGGCCGAGGCGUCGCAGGCCUCGCUGCGCCAGGCGCUGGAGACCGCGCGCGGGCUGCUGGACCGGCGCCACCACUCGCUGUCGCGACGCCCUCAGGUCACUGGCUGGCAGGUCGCCGUGCCGGUCCUCGUCGCGGCCCUGUUCCUCGGCCCGUGGGUGCUCGGCCGCCAGGGUGCGCCAAGCAGGUCCACCCUUUUGCGGCCAUGGUGGCGACCUCUUGGCGACCUCUGCAACGGCUCUCGGCCAGCCGCUGCGUGACCUCUGUUGCCCCCUGGCAGCAACCCCCGCCAUGUACAGUAAAGGCUUUGAACAAAGGGGCCGCUUUGAUCUCAGGAGGGGCUCGGGUCUCCGGACCGCUUCUUACCUUCCUGUCGUGGAGCUUGUCUGUGGCCUAGGUCCGCCGUGGCCAGAGAAGCCCCCGCGUUUUCAGAUGAUGCGUGUCCUUUGUUGGGACGAUGACCGUACUCCUAAUCUUGCGCCGGUUCCGGGGCAGUAACCAACCCUGCGCCCGAGGGGACCAGCGGUUGCGCCCUCGCCACCCUUCCGGCGUGCUGGUUCGGUCCCAGCCCUCGUCGCUACAGUUUCUGCUCAUGGGCGUCCGUUUUCGGACCCCGCAACCAUCCAAGAGCGGCCCAGGACGAGCAUAUUGCCACUCGGGAGGGGGUCGAAGCUUCUGGGGCCCGCCGAUUGAGCACGUUCGUCCUUGGGAGGUAUUAGCGACGCGAUUAAGGAAUGCCCGGAUGGGGGGGGUCGCAGCAGCCCCUGAUUGGGAAGUGCAC